AAGUAGAACCAAAACUUGCAAGCAGAAGUGGCUGGAGUUUAUUUCAGACGCUGCUGGAGGCUGAGGAGGCCAAAGCCCCCUCUAAGGGCCCGAGCCAGACUUUAGUCCUCCAGGACCCUCCUGCUCUGAAGCCUCUGCUUUUGCCAACCAGGUGUGAGUCAUGUCUGUGACUCUCCAAGAUGGCUUGUCCCACUGUGAACAGAGGGCAUCUAGGAGAAGGUCCUCAUCAGUCUUCAGGAGGAGCAAGUAAGGCUCAGGAUGAAGCUGCAGGAGCUGCAGAAGCUGAAAAGGGAGCUGGUGGACUCUCCCAGAGACAAGAUCCCAUUCCCGGUGCCCGAGGUCCCCCUGGUAUUCCAAGGCCGCACUCAGCAGGGCAGGCAAGUGUCCAAGUUUCUGGUUUCUAACUUGAAGAUCUGCUGCCCUCUGCCUGGAGGUUCUGCUCUGGUCACCUUUGAUGACCCCAAAGUGGCUGAUCAGUUGCUACAACACAAGGAACAUAAAAUUGACAUCGAGGACUGCCGGAUGCGGGUGCAGAUCCAGCCCCUGGAGCUGCCUGUGGUGACCAACAUCCAGGUGUCCAGCCAGCCGGAUAACCACAGGGUGCUGGUCAGUGGCUUUCCUGCUGGACUGAAGCUGAGUGAGGAGGAGCUGCUCGACAAGUUGGAGAUCUUCUUUGGCAAGGCCAAGAACGGAGGCGGGGAUGUGGAGGCCCGGGAGAUGCUACAAGGGACCGUCAUGCUAGGUUUUGCUGAUGAACAAGUGGCCCAGCACCUGUGCCAGAUUGGCCAGUUCACAGUGUCACUGGGCCGACAGCAGGUCCCUCUGAGAGUCUCUCCCUAUGUGAGCGGGAAGAUCCAGAGAGCGGAGAUCAAAUACCAGCCAGCACUUCACUCAGUGCUGGUGACGAAUAUUCCUGAUGUCCUGGAUGCCCAAGAACUGCAUGACAUCCUGGAGAUCCACUUCCAGAAGCCCACCCGUGGGGGCGGGGAGGUGGAGGCCCUGGCAGUUGUGCCCUCAGGGGAGCAGCGCUUGGCUGUCUUCACUUCCGCAUCAAGCUAGGUCUGCAUGUCCACCUGCUAGGGACUGGGAUCACUGCCUAAUGCUACCGAGAACAAUGAAAGUACUAACCCAG